CUCAAACAGUCAGUCAGUCAGUCAGUCAUUCAGAGGCAGGCGCACUGUGCCACCACUCCAGCCCCCUUUUCCUCCACUUUAAACCUCAGCUCUUGUCCAAAAGAAACAAAACUAACCAUGAACAACACAGUCAGCGACACAGUCGUUGAGGGAAUUGUCAGUGAAGAGCGCCGCGAUGGCGCAAACAGUCCUGACGCAGAGCGCACAGGUGAGGCGAAGGCGCAGCUGCACAGCGAGGCGCAGGUCCACGUUGCUGCCGAAUACAUGGAAAUCAAGGACGGGGACAGAAAAAGCUCCUCGUCCUCUUCAUCCAGUGACGAUGACGACGAUGAGGUUAAACGUAAAGGAGCAGCUGUGGAUCCAACUGUAGAGGUACUGGUGGACCUAGAACCUGUGGUAUUGGUUGAUCCAUUACCAGAGCCUGUGUUACUGGUUGAUCCAUUACCAGAGCCUGUGUUACUGGUGGAUCCAUUACCAGAGCCUGUGUUACUGGUGGAUCCAUUACCAGAGCCUGUGUUACUGGUGGAUCCAUUACCAGAGCCUAUGUUAUUGGUGGAUCCAUUGCCAGAGCCUAUGUUACUGGUGGAUCCAUUACCAGAGUCUAUGUUACUGGUUGAUCCUUUACCAGCGUCUAUGUUACUGGUGGAUCCAUUGCUAGAGCCAGAGGUUUUGGAACCAGUGCCUUUGGUACAGGUGAAAGCAGAGGCGCACGACGGAUCCAGGCGGUCAUCGACCUCUUCUUCAUCCUCUUCCUCCUUUGGUGAUCCAUGCGACGACCCGCCGAUCCAGCCGAGGAUCCAGGAGGUGGAGGAGGAUAAAACCGAGCACACCCUGACAACUCUGGAGGCCGUCACUCUGGAGGAGAGCAGCGCUGCACCUGAACCUGCUGAAGCCACCGGUCACCCCGACAUCGCUCUGUUCGUCAAGACCACAGGAGGAGAAUUUAAAAGAACAACCGAUUCUGAAGAAACAGCCCGGUCACAGCCCGAGUCAAGCAUCAUGUCCACAAACGGUGCAGACAGGGAUCCAGAUAUCGAACUGUUUGUCAAGGCUGGCAGUGACGGAGAGAGCAUCGGAAACUGUCCCUUCUCUCAGCGUCUCUUCAUGAUCCUGUGGCUCAAAGGAGUUGUGUUCAACGUCACCACCGUCGACCUCAAGAGAAAACCAGCAGAUUUGCACAACCUGGCCCCGGGGACGCACCCGCCCUUCCUCACCUUCAACGGAGAGGUCAAGACUGACAUCAACAAGAUUGAGGAGUUCCUUGAGGAAGUGCUCUGUCCUCCAAAGUAUCCCAAACUGGCCGCCAAGCAGAGAGAGUCCAACACAGCUGGAAAUGACAUCUUCGCCAAGUUCUCAGCCUACAUCAAGAACACCAAACCAGAGGCCAAUGCUGUCCUAGAGAAAGGUUUAACCAAAGCCCUGAAGAAGCUGGAUGAGUACCUGAACAGCCCGCUGCCAGAUGAGAUUGAUGCAGACAGCAUGGAAGAGGAGAAGAGCUCCAUCCGGUGCUUUCUGGACGGGAAUGAGCUCACUCUCUCUGACUGCAACCUGCUGCCUAAACUGCACAUAGUCAAGGUUGUCGCCAAGAAGUACCGCAACUACGACAUCCCGUCGGACAUGACGGGCGUGUGGCGGUAUCUGAAGAGCGCCUACAAACGCGACGAGUUCACCAACACCUGUGCUGCUGACUCUGAGAUCGAGACCGCCUACAAGGACGUGGCGAAGAGACUGGCCAAGUAACUCGCCGAGCAAGGCCGCGCAAAGGGAAAAGUGAAAAGUGAAAACUAGCAGCACAAGACGAGAGAAAACACCACUGUCGCACAUUACGUACACAUGCAUUUCCUUUUAGAGUCUCUUCCAGUGACAUUUUUCAACAAACCUGUGACUUCUUGUCUGUCGUCGGGUGUCUCAUACAGCUCUGUACCGCCGCGUGCAUUAUGGAUAUAUAUAUAUAUAUAUAUAUACAUAGCACUGGAAAUACAGAAACAGACACGUCAAGCAGAGUAUAAAUCAAUCCCCGAAAACUUCAUUCGCGACUUUUUAAACCCGAUGUUGCUGCCGUGAAACUUCUGACAUAACCAUUUCCACUCGAACGCGAUUGUGUCUGUCUGUGUUCAUUUCUCACAACACAAGGCUCUCUUUCAUACGUACUCCACUGGCCCGCACGGCCAAACAUUUUACUAGUUGCUGAUGUCAGGGUUGUUCACUUUAUUUAUUCCAAAGCCGACAGAAGUCUAGUGUGACUGCAGUGUUUAUUGUCAUGCUCUGGCUCCUGGAGGGGGAGACACCUUUGAUUCACAUGUGAUUGAUGCUUCUGAUUGUUUGCUGAAUAUGACUGUUGCAGAUCCAUCCUGACUGUCACUCAUCACUCUGGGGUUGUGUUGUUAGGCUUUCCUUGUAAAUGCACUCCUGCUUCUAAAGAAGGGCUGAUUUGAGAAAAUGAGAUGAUCUGGUUAAUGACUCUGGAGUGAGGAUUAGCAGCUCUGUCUGCUUGCAUGCACAAAUCUGUUUUAAAUUCUAAUAUUCAAACGUGAUCUUGUUAUGAUAUGAAAACUCCUCGAUGACUGUGUGCCUUAAUUUGAAAGUAUCCAAAGUCCAUGCCAAUGUCAAUGAUGGACUCAUUCUAAAAAAUGUAUAGCAGCCAGAGCUGAGAUGUUUGUUUUGCCUCCAGCUAUUAGUGUUCACUCUAGCUAUUGAUUUCGUCUCAAGUUUCAGAUGAUAUUAUGAAUGGAGAGAGUAUUUAUUUUGCAGUCCCAAUCAGGCCUGAUUAGCUGGAGAGCCAUUAGCGCUGCGAUGAAAAGCAUCUCCCAGGCCGGGUCCAGAACAGUCAGGAGCCCUGCCCUCCAGCUCUUCAUCAGAGAGACAUUUCCGCUGCGCCGAGGAGUCCAUCAACUUCCACAGCCUAAAAAAAGUUUAAGUUCAAAAGUUUCAUUAGGAGGAGGAUGGAGUGUCAGAGGACAAGGGAAAUUUGUUUUGGGAGCUUAUCGUCUUUGGCUUGGUGUCAGGCUGCAACUACAGCGAGACUUCCUUGAAGAACCAUAAGGCUCUUGUGUGGUUUGGACAAACGUAUGAAAUGAAAUUGGAGCAUGAUGACUGAGGGGCUUGCUCAUUGCAAAGCUCUACAAAUAAAAUAAUAUUUUCACA